CGGCCAAAUAAUAAUCACAAUAACUAAGCUAAUUAGUUAGUGAGUUUGUCAAAUAUAUAUAUAUAUCUAUUCAAUUCUCAGCAUCAAUCGGGGGUCUUUCAUAUUGGACUAACCAAUUUUUUUAGGUUACAAAUUCUUUCAUGUUAGCUUAGAUAUAUAGGUAGAAAAAUCCUGUUUUAUCAUUUGGAUUUUGUGAGAGAAAGAAAGGAAGAUUAAUGGACAUAUACGAGCCAUUCCAGCAAGUUAGCAUGUGGGGUGAUAGCUUUAAAGUUGAAGGUGGAUUGAAUUCAAUUGCUUCCCCAAUGUUACUGGUCAACACUAGCAUGGAGAACAAGUCUGAAUUUAUUCCUCAUGAACCAAGGGACUCUUCUGGAGCUGAUCAAGAGACUACAAAUAAAGAUGAUAGUAAGGUGCUACGGCGCCUCGCUCAAAAUCGAGAGGCUGCUCGGAAAAGUCGGUUGCGCAAAAAGGCUUAUGUUCAGCAAUUGGAAACAAGCAGAUUGAAGCUCAUGCAAUUGGAGAUUGAGAUUGGGAGAGCAAGAAAGCAGUUGCAGGGUAUGUACACUGGAAAUGCAUUAGAUACCAGUUUUAUGGGAUCAUCUGAAACAAUAAACCCAGGAGUUGUUGCGUUUGAAAUUGAAUAUGGAAAUUGGGUUGAAGAGCAACAUAGGUGGAACGAAGAACUCAGAAAUGCAUUUCAAACGAACGCGUCUGAAGUGCAGCUCCAUCUAGUUGUUCAGAGUGUUUUGAAUCAUUACUCGGAUCUUUUUCGAAUGAAAGCAGAUGCUGCAAAGGCUGAUGUCCUCUAUUUAAUCUCUGGUGUGUGGAAAACAUCAUUAGAGCGCCUUUUCCUAUGGAUCGGAGGAUCACGCCCGUCACAGCUUCUAAAUCUCAUUCUACCACAACUUGAGCCUUUGACUGAUCAACAAAUUGCUAGCAUUAACAAACUUCGUCUAUCGUCUCAACAAGCUGAAGAUGCUCUUUCACAAGGACUGGAUAAACUCCAGCAGAGUCUGGUCCAAGACAUGGCAGUUGAUCCAUUAACUGCAGCAAAUCAUGGAUUUCAGAUGGCUAUUGCUUUAGAGAAAUUUGAGGGACUAGAAGGUUUUGUAAGCCAGGCAGAUCACCUUAGGCAGCAAACUCUGAUACACAUGUCACGAAUCCUGUCAACUCACCAAGCUGCUAGGGGCUUGCUUGCUCUUGGAGAAUACUUCCAUCGUCUUCGAACUCUUUGUUCUCUUUGGACUUCUCGUCCAUGUGACUCCAUCAUGUCACCUAAGAUUACUCCUUAGAGGAAGAGGUGGAGACAUGCUUCUGCUUCAAUUUCAACUACAUAAUCUGCUAUAUGGUUUACAGAACCGAUAUUCAAGUUUUGGAUGAAUAUAUAUUUAUAUAUAUGAUAUAUGUGUAUAAACGAAACUUAUUGCUGUGUAGCAGCAUGAGGCAACAAUAUUAUGUGAUUUGCUGCUCUUUAGAGUAUGCUUGUACAUACUAUAUAUAUUGAAUUGAAAGGGAGUUAGUUCAUCUUCUUUGUAGAGUA